GUGCGAUGCGACGAAGGCCACAGAGUGUGGCACGAAGAAGGGGUCCAGGUUUGUCGUGAACAUCUGCCCGGACUGGUUCUGGGAGUUCCCGGAAGACCACAUGACCGGCACCAUCGUGCACGAAUGCUCCCACCACUUCGGCACUGUGGACAACGCCUACGGGGAGAAGAAGUGCCUCAAGCUGGACCACGACAAGGCUCGGCAGAACGCUGACACUUACCAGCUGCUGGUCCGCGCGCUGGCCAAGUCCAGCGGCGUCGUCGAGUUCGACGGCCCGAGCGAGGACAGGGCCAACGAGCUGCGCGCGGAGCUGAAUUCGCUUGUCGGCCUGGAUCAGCUCAAGAAGUCCAUGACCUCGAUGCUGGACCAGGUGGCGUUUAGUAAGGAGCGUGAGAAGCUCGGCCUGAAGAGCUUCGCAGGCCAGAGCGCGCACAUGCGCUUCCUCGGGAACCCCGGGCACGGGGCUCAGCCGGGCCUGCAUCUCCCGCCGGAGCGAGGCCGAGGGGCGACCAGCAAUGACACGCUGAACGCGACUGCUGGCAAUCUCACUGAGAACGACCACUGA